GUCGUAUAUGAAGUCUUAUUUCUAAAACAAAGGUAAUUUUACUUUGAAAAAUGGAUUUACCUCCUAAUAAAUUGAAGAUUGAGGCGAACGGAUCUCGUUUAAGUAAACUCUUGAUAAAUAAAGGAACACAAGCUUUGAAAACAACAUUGCACUUUAAUAUAAAUUUUCGUUCGUCAAACCUAAGCGAUGAACUUAAUAAAACCUCAAAUAAAAGUACAUUGGAGUCAUUAAGAAAAAGAAGCGUCAUCAACAAAGAGCAAUGGGACCUUCUUUAUCCAUCAACUGGUUUGCCAAACCUUGAAAACUUUGAUAUUUCAUUGCUGACUGUCUUAUUGCGUAACAUAUGUGGUCUAACAGCGCCACAUGGUGGAUGGGAUAAUCUUCCUUCCUCUUCAGAUUCUUCAAUCUCAGCAAAUAUUGCAAGAAUAAAGUUUUAUCGAAACAAAGUGUAUGGUCACAUAACUACAAUUAGUGUAGAUGACAGUGAGUUUGAGUACUGGUGGCAAGAAGUCUUAAAAGCAUUGGUUGGUCUGGGUAUUAAACAAACUGAAAUAGAUGAAUUAAAGAAAGCUCCCCUUAGUUCCGAUGAGGCAAAUUAUAUUGAAAUGUUAAAAGAAUGGUAUAAAGCAGACGAGCAGUUAAUCGAUGUCACUGAAAAAAUCAAAGAAGAUGUGAAAGUAAUGAAUAGAUAUGUUGUAGAGAUGGCAACAAAAGUUGCGAACAUAAAUGAAGAUGUAAAGAAAACAAAAGCUGAUGUAGCAGGAGUAAAAAAAAUGUUACAGGACAAAACAUAUUCAGUUGUCGAAAAGCUUGGAAAGUGUAAUUUUAACGGUCUUAUAAAAGAUCUUAACAAGAAAUACCUUAAAGGCACUAGACAAUGGUUAUUUGAAAAACUCGACACUUGGCUUAACGAUAGAAGUGAAGAUGCUUCUAAUGUCAUGGUUUUGAUUGCCGGUCCAGGCGUUGGUAAAAGUGUGUUUGCUGCUGAGUUGUGUCGACGAUAUUCUGAAAAGAAGAAACUUGCUGCUUCUCAUUUCUGCAGAUAUAAUAUAUCAGAUUACAGAAAUCCUCGAAAAUUGAUAGAAUCAUUGGCUAGUAGCAUGUGUGAUACAAUACCAAAUUUUAAAAAUAAACUGAAUGAAGAUUUACAGAGAAACCAUUCCAAAGAAUCAAUCACCGAUGAAUUCAUUGUUUUAUUAAAUAAUCCAUUGCAUUCAUUGGAAGAUCAUGAACCAAUGCUUUUGGUUAUUGAUGCCUUAGAUGAAAGUCAAGUUGACGGCAAAAGUGAAUUAUUGAAAUUGAUUGCAAAAGAAUUUGACCGACUGCCUAAAUGGAUUAAGAUCUUCAUCACCAGUCGUCCAGAACUUCCUAUUCAAACAGAAUUGAAAGACAUGAAUCCUGUAGAAAUAGAAACUCAACCUCAUGAUAGAAAGAACAAAUACGAUCUGGGCAAGUAUUUAGCACAUGAGUUGAAGAGUAAUUUCUUCAUUGCUGACAGUGAUGACAGUAAUGACAGGUGGCACGAGGAUAGUGAUGACAGUGAUGACAGUAAUGACAGGUGGCACGAGGACAGUGAUGACAGUGAUGACAGUAAUGACAGGUGGCACGAGGACAGUGAUGACAGUGAUGACAGUAAUGACAGGUGGCACGAGGACAGUGAUUACAGUUAUGUUUCAUUUGACAGUGAUAAUUCGCUGUGGACAAGAAUAGCUGCUGUCGCUCCUCAUUGCAUCAAGAUGACGUGUAUUUGCCAUUCGUUGUCCCUUUGUGUUCAGCAUGCAUUUGAGAAACUUCCGUCGAGUGUAGGAUUUCUUCUGGCAGAAAUUCCGAAAUGGUUUUCAAAGAGCGCUAUUAGAAGAGAAGCAUACAAGACGCUCUACGAAGUGAUGAAUCCAGACGAUGUGCAAGAUGUACCGUUUGAGAAGUACUCAACUACGAGGUGGCUUGUGAGAGGAAAAGUUAUAUUUCGCAUUCUCACAAAUUGGUUUGAGCUGCAAGCUUACUUCCGAACAGCACAACCAGAGACGACGCAGGCAGCAAGAUUCAAGGCUCGUAUUCUUCUGGACAUGCUCAAUGAUCCAGUCCUAUAUCUUUAUUUCCAUUUCGUUUCUCCUCUGGUCACAGAAUUCGACAGGGUGAAUGCCUUCUUCCAGGCAACUGAUGGUGAUCCAGAAGAAAUGUUCACGGAACUAAAUGUACACCAUAAAAGUUUAUAUGGUAGAGUUUUCGACCACCAAGGAAAACAUCUAGCCAUUUAUGAAGUUGACUUUGGUGGAAAGUUCUUGUCAGAAGCAUAGAAAUACAUUUCUUCCCAACAAGACAAACGACGUGCUGAAGCUGAAGUUUCUGAAGUGAAAAAUAGGUGUCUAGAAUUUCUUGUGGAAGCUGUAAAUCAAGUAAAGAAACGUUUACCAGCUGUCCGGAAUAUCUUUAAAGGUUUAAGCGCCCUGCAUCCAAGGAAAGUUCUUGAUGUAACAACGAGAGCCGAUUUUGAGCAACUGCCGCUUCCUAAUCUACGAAAGGAUCAAGAUUAUGCAAUUGAGGAGCAGUACAGGAAGAUCGUCCACCGAAAUUGGAAAGAGGAACAAAUUUUUAACGGCAUCAUACCUGAUACAGCAGUUGCAUUUUGGUCAAAGAUAGUUCAGUUCCAAACUUCUCUUGGGGUCAAACCAUUCAAGGAAUUGGCAACUUACGCCUUAAGCUGGCUGACAAAUCCUGUAAGCAAUGCAGUGGUUGAAAGAACCUUUUCCUUGGUGACAUCAGUGAAGACCAAACAACGCAAUAGGAUGAGCUUAGAACUGCUAAAUGCCAUUAUUCGUAUUUGUUCCAGCCUACACUUUGCCGGGAACUGCUGCAUCAACUUUAAGAACUAUAAAUGAUCCCGAGGUCAAUGGCUGCUUUACAAGUGAUAAUAAAAAAUUGGUCAUUCUAAUCUUUGGCAACUACAACGAAAAAAUGGGUAUUUAUGUAAUUAAUUUGCAUAAGAAAGGUGAUGUGAAUGCGAUUUUUGCAUUAUGUCGAUGAAAGCUUUACUAAGUCCGUUCAAAUCGUACACAAAUCGUAUUGCAUUGGAGCAACUAGUAAUAACGGAUUGCUUGCUGUAGAUUUAAAGAGUGGUGAAAUAUGUGCUGAAUUUUACGGAUUACGUUCUAUAUUUGAUAUAACUGUGCAUUCCAACACAGAUACAAUAGCUUUUGUGUCCGGUGAGGGAUACGGAAUUCAGUUUUGUAAACUUAAUGUUCCUGAAUAAAUCCACUAACUUAGCCUUUUUUAGCUAUAUUAACCUAUUGUAUUUACUAACAUUACAUAUCACUUAAAACGAACAUAAAAAGUUCUUUAUAUCACAAAAGGACAGUUAUUUAUGGUAUCAACAACGAACUGAAUAAUAUUGCAGAAAAAAUUGUCCAUAUCCUUGGAAAAUCUGUCUGUUUUUAGUUAUGUAAAAAUAUGAGUAAUGAUUGAUUAAUGAUUAUGAUUAAAGGUUUUUAUUAUUCAUCUUCAGAUUAAAAAGUACGAUGAAUUUACAUUGAUUUUCUAUAUAUUUACCAUACUAUACUAAGAAUUACAUGUUAACUUUAUUAUAUAUAUAUUUACAAGAUCUAGCAAUAAAAGAUUGUUUAUGACGUUUGGUCCGAGAUAAAA